AUGGUAGCACGGUCUAAAGAUCUUACACCUGCUAUACGUGAGCGUAUAUGCGAGCUCCAUUCCAUUGGAUGGGGGUAUAAGCGUAUUCAUACCCGCUAUCCUGCUAUCCCUCUCUCUACAAUUCGAUACACCGUGAAAAAGGAGAGCGAGCGACGAGAAGGCGUGUCGAAACCACGAUCUGGAAGGCCAAAAAAGCUUACUGAGGCCGAUAAAGACCGUCUCUUGAACGCUAUACACGGAGACCCGAAGAUCACCGCUGAAGAUAUGCUUACUGAGGUUAACCAUAAGGUUAAAUACCGCUUAAUUCAGCGUCUCUUAAACGCUGAGAAUAUGCGUAAGUGGCGAUGUAGCUGGCGUCCUUUUCUAAAGGAGGAACACGCGCUAAAACGCCUUCAGUGGGCACACCGCUACCGCCACUUCACGCCUAACGAUUGGGCCCGGGUCUUUUGGUCUGAUGAGUGUACUGUUGAGCGUGGUAUUGGUGUCCGUCGAGAAUGGACUUUUAUCCGUCCGAAAGACCAGCCGAGAGAGGGACAAUGUUAA